AUGGAAAGAGGGAGAGGAGGAGGAGGAGGAGGAGGAAGGAACCUGGGAGGCUCUGGCCUGCACAGGAACAUUUAUUCCCAGUCCCAGCAGCAGUACCACUACCCGGCCUCCUCCCAGGGGAGCUGCAUGGAGAUCCAGGAGCUGGCCUCCAAGAGGGUGGACAUCCAGAAGAAGCGGUUUUAUCUGGAUGUGAAACAGAGCUCCCGCGGCCGCUUCCUGAAGAUCGCCGAGGUCUGGAUAGGAAGGGGCAGGCAGGACAACAUCAGGAAGAGCAAGCUGACCCUCUCCUUGUCGGUGGCCGCCGAGCUGAAGGACUGCCUGGGGGACUUCAUCGAGCACUACGCCCACCUGGGCCUGAAGGGCGGCCAUGGGCACCGGCACGAGCACAGCAACGACAAGGAGCAGCAUCCCCGGAGGCGGCCGCAGCACCCGCCGCCCUCGCCCCCGGCCUCCGUGGGCUCCGAAGAGCCCCCUCACAGCGUCCUCAAAACGGAGUACAUCGAGAGGGACAACAGGAAGUACUACCUGGACCUGAAGGAGAACCAGCGCGGGCGCUUCCUGCGGAUUAGGCAGACCAUGAGCAGGGGACCUGGCAUGAUGGGCUACUUCGGCCACAGCUUGGGACAGGAGCAGACGAUCGUCCUGCCGGCGCAAGGCAUGAUCGAGUUCAGGGAUGCUUUGGUGCAGCUGAUAGAAGAAUACGGCGAGGGGGACAUAGAGGAUCGCCGGGGGGGAGGUGAGGAGCCCCCGGAGCUGCCCGAGGGCACCUCCUUCCGAGUGGACAACAAGCGCUUCUACUUCGACGUGGGAUCCAACAGGUACGGCAUCUUCCUGAAGGUAAGUGAGGUGAGGCCGCCCUACCGUAACACCAUCACAGUUCCCUACAAAGCGUGGACACGGUUCGGGGAAAAUUUUAUCAAGUACGAAGAAGAGAUGAGGAGAAUUUACAACAGCCAUAAAGAGAAAAGAAUGGAUGCCAGAGGGGACAGUGGUGAAGAGCAAGAGGGUCUGGAAUAGAGUGCAUUGGACGAUUAACCAAACAAAGCAAGCAGAAAUUGGUGAGAGGGACUGACCUAUAGUAAUUUAAAGUUGCCCCCGUUUUUUGUAAAGUCCUUUUCUGGUAGUUCUUGCUAACUCCAGUACAUAAUGUUAUAGGAGUCUGGUUAUCACGUUAAACUAUGCCCAAAACAUCUCUGUGUGUCUUAGGAAAGGACCAACCUCCCGAGUCUGUACGAGUCAGCUGCUUCGAGUGUUGGAGACUGUGGAAGUACGAGUAUCAGCACAAACAAAAUCCGGCACCCUGACCUUUAAAUAGUCUAGAAAAGGCUUGUGUUGCACUUAAACACGAUACAAAAGUACCCCCGCCCUGAACCUUACCAUGAAAUGUAUCAGUUACUGCUUAUCACCAGUUUUUCAGGACCGGCUUCUGCCCGUGCUCGGUCCAAAGGCCGAGCAGCAUUGCCGUAGAGCAUUUAUGGCAAAAAUCAGCUCCACGUGAAUCUCUGGUCUGUUUGUGAGGAGGGAGAGAGGUUUAAAAGUUGGCAUCUCCUGGCUAUUGCGUUGGAAACGAUAGUCUGUUUAUGGGUAAAGUCCCGAUAACCCAUCAGACCUCAGUCACGUGCUGGUGAAGGGCGGAAGAUGUGUCGUUCAUCCCUUAGUUUUGUGCAGACCAGAUCACCUGAGUAUCCCAGGACAGCGGAGUGCUCAGCCUUCUAAAUUAAUGGCAGUGAAUGAUAACCCACUCCUCAUCUCCAUGUUCUGCCCGUUAGAGGCUGGUGAUCUUUUCUUUUUUUUUUUUUAAUUUAUUUUUAAUGCAUUUUAUCCAAAAUUUCAGAAGGUAUUUUUGUAUUAGGCGGCUGUGGAGCGGGUGUUGGGAGGUGGAAGGAAUGCCGCCACCGAGGCUCCCGGCUUCUCUACCAGAUUGACGUGGUUUGGGAUGUGACCUGUGCGAGGAAAGCCUUUGGGUGCUUUCCUCCUCCCACCAUGGGGAAGACCUUUGGGGUGUUGGGUGCGCCGCUGGGUUUGUGUAGAAAGGCAUCUCUGUCACGCUCGCCCGUGGCGCGUUUCGGAAGCUGUGGUGGAUGCCCUGUUGGGUUUUCUGUUAUGCUGGUUGUGGGUGGUGCUGGGGAGACAACAUCCGUGCCCUGCCGUCGUCCCCUUCCCCCCAGCUCGGAGCUGGAGCUGUCCUUGAGCGGCUCCAGCCCCGAUCUCACCUGCCUGCCCCAAGGUUUCCCUGUCAUCCUGGAGUCUUUGUGAUGUAAUUUUAAAUCUCGUGAUAUUAACUCUCUGCCUGGAGGGAGAAUGUGUGCAAUUACCUGGUUGGGAGGUUGAUGAAAGAUUCUGUGUUUCUUAAAAGGGAAAAUUUAUAGCAUAAGGGGCUUGUCCAGCCUUUGGGCGACCAGCUCCUUCCCCUGGAACCAGCGGGAGUUUGAGCUCCAGGUACUUCUAGUAGCACAUUGCUCAUCUUCAAGAUCGUUUUAAGCAGGCCUUACCAUGCCUGAUCAGAUACUUGUAAUCACUCAAAUUGUUUCAUUACAGAGCGGCCUAGUGUGCAUAUGUGGACCAGCUGUUUUUCCAUGCAACCAUGACCUGUUUUAUUUUUUAACCUUUUGAGAAACAUUUUUAUCUCCAACCAGACUGUUCACCACUCUGAGUCUGGAACCACCUGCACACUGCAUGGUCACGCUCAAUCCGAAUGCUGUUGCCUGUUAACGUCAUAAUGAGAAAGGUUGGGGAGACAGGGUUGGGACCCAAGAGGAUAAUCUGGAUUUUAGUUUGGGUACUAAAACUAGUCAAUCUGUUUUAACUUUAAAAAAAAGAAAAAAAAAAAAAAAAAAAGAAAAAAAAUAACAGCUUGCACCAAAGUCACCAAAGAACCUUUAGGAAAAUGUUACAGUUGUGACAAGAAGUAAGAAAGUUAAUUUCACUGUUUUAGGUGAUUCCCCCUUUAAAACCACAUAUAGCAGUUACAGCAACCAAGCCUUUGGCUUAGUGUCAAAAACUCCCAUCCCUUUCUCCAUAGGUUGCUCUUUCAGGUCCCUUUUCAAAGCUGGAAGAGGUUUCUCGCUCCAUCACUCGAGCAGCCAGUGAACCGUGAUGAAUCAGCGGGCGUUGUGUGGGGUCCUGGUUCAUCGGGGCUCUCACGGCUUUCAUCCCAAUGGUUUUAACAGGUCAAUUAAAAAAAAAAAAACCCACCAAACCCCACGUUAAAAGAACUCCACAUCCUGUUACGGUGUGAAACCAGAAUUUAGUGAAUGAGUCGUUGAUGCGUACGUUAGCGUAUCGCUGACUGCUGCUGCCCGUCACAGUGCCUGAGGUAAAAAAUUCACUUCUAGUCCAACAAACUGGAGCUAUGAAUGUACGAACUUUUUAUGCUCUCCUUCCCGUUUCUGUGUGUGCUGGCAUCUCCCAUCCCUGCCCGCCUUUGCCUCAAGGGAUCGUAAAAGCUCCUGGGUUGGAAUUAGCCUGAGUGGCCGCAUGUGUUGUAAGUGCUCAUGCCUUCCCUGUGUUCCUGUAGCGUUGGUGAGGAAAUUACUCGUGAUUUGAAAGGGAUGUUUUCUUCACCGUUUUAAAAGAUGCAAAAAAGGAUGCAAAAUUGCUUUCCUUAUUGCUGCCCGUUUUGUAAAAAACCCCUUUAUCUUUUGUUAAUGAAUUGGCCUCCAAUGCCGUUAGUUUGUUGUAAGUGUCACCCAGGAAUCCAGCGACGGCCGGCCUGGGUUCUGACACACAGGUAUCCCGUAGGAUCCGCUCAUGCAUUUACUCCCCUGGCACGGGAUGCACCUUAGUAUCCAAACCUGGCUCGGGAUCUUGACGUUCAUUGCCGAUCACUCGUGGGUAGAGCAGCGGCUGUGGGUUUCCAUCGCCACGGGAAGCACUGCUGUUGGGUUGGGGGAGGACGGCUUUCCAAGGUUGGGUGAGGACGGCUUUCCAGGCGAUGGGAAGUGGAUGUUGGGCUGGAGGGUGGUAGGGAUGCGCUCGGAGUGUAGCAAUGCAAGACUUGAACGGUGAGAUUCGGAAACGGGUUCCUUUGUAUUUUUGGCAGCGCGUCUUCAGCUUCUCAGAGCAGUGACCACGUGGGCUGCUGGUGCCCAGGGGGGCCUGGCGAGUUGCUCGGGAACGCUGAAUCCCUGAUGUGUUUUAAAUGUUCGUUCCUGACGCCCUGAAACUGCCAUGUCCCUUAAACUUGAGAAAACACAAGCUUAUUUGCACUAGAAAGAACGGCCAAAAACAAUCCUUAGGAGGACAGGGUGAAGAGCACCGGUCUGAACCUCUUUUUCUCAUGAGAGAAUUUCCUAUUCAAGCCCUCACCUCUGUUUCGAAAUUGUAUGGUCCCGGCAGAAAGUCUGUCAGUUGAAUUAUUAAAUCCUAAUGCACUUUAUAUUGUGUAAAUAAUGCUAGGAGCACAUUUCUGCUCCCGCUCCGGUAAGGGGAUGCUUUGGUUACGUAGUCUAAUGCCGAGAGAAGCCGUCUCCUGCAUGCACACGUGUCUGUUAGAGACCUGUUGAUCCUGCUCGGUCCAGCUCCGCUCGUAUGUUAGAGGAGGACAGGCGCUGUAUUGAGGAUCCUCUCAAACCACCAAGAGUGGGAUGAUGAUUUGGUUUUUUAAAUUGCAAUGUUGCAGAGCUGCUGAGCACCCUCAGCUCCGCCGUCGCAGCGGCUCCUCGCCCCUUCUGCAAACUGGGCCCCCCGUGUUGCUGCCGAGGCUUAAAGCUGAGCUUUGCCCUUGUAGUCUUGACAAAGCCAAGUCCAGCAGCUGCCUCGUACCUGGCUUUCCCCGCUGCUGGCGCAAAAGGCGGGAUGGUCCCUGAAAAGCUUAUCCCGAAUGGAAGGGGCUGGGGGGCUUCCCCUGCCUUGCAGCUGGGGGGACGUUGUGUUGGGUCCGGCCCAUUGUGUUGGAGCCGGCUUUCCUGGUAAAGUACAGAGCUAUGGAAGGGUUGGGAAGCGUUUUGCACUGGUGUGGAGAGGGUGACCCGGUGAAGCCCUCCCCCGUGGGCUCCCUGCGUGCAGCCUGGAUGGACAGUGGACUUUACCCAGCGAGAAGCUGCAGCGGUUAUUGGUAUCUACUCGUCGUCGUAAGUGUUUCUUAUCUGUAUCCGAUAUAUACCGAUUCAUAUCCACGUAUAGGCAUUACUAUAUUUAUGUGAGUAUAUUGUAGCCUGUAGUAGCUCUUAGCAAAAUAACCUUAUUUAUCUGAAGUGCAGUCUGAGGAGGGGACGUCUGCUCCCGCCACCGGUCUGGAUAAACGCGUUAUUCCACCCCGGGCUGGGCGCGAGCUCCUGGCCGCUGCCCUCGGAAGAAUCCCGUAGGUUUUCAGCAGGGCUCUGAGGGAAAAUGUAGGUAAAAGAAGGCAAAGCUCUUCCUUGGAGACGUCGUUGAGGCGAGGUGAGAGCUGUAAAGAGGCAGCUGCCGGCCACGUCAUGUCUCCGUGCCAUUUUACAACCCCUGGCUCUGCAAAUCUGUGCUGCCAUGUUCAUAAAAUCCCAAGCAGAAGUAUUAUAAUCACGUCCUUUGUACAAAAAAGAACCCCCGAGCAAUUACCAAAAUCAAUGUCAGCACUUUUUUUUUUCAGCUACAGAUGUCCUAGUCUGAUAAUUGCAUCAUUUUUUUCCCCUAUGGCCUAUUGAAGUGACCUAAACUCCCAGGGAAGGGAGCUGCUGGUGGUUAGGAAGCCUUCUGCUUGUGUGACUUGCAGUCCUGUUUUCCAAUUCUAGUAAUUUUUAUAGUAGAAAGGAGUUUAUUAUUGUGUAUUUUUACUGGGCAGAUUUUGCACCAGGUCAAAAAUUAUCUAAUAAGCCUUUUCAGUUUCAUGGCAUUCCUACUUUUGCUGUACAUACACUAGAUAUGUGUGAUUUAUGAAAGAAUUCCUGAAGAAAAUUAGACCUUCUGUUUAAUUUUCUAUGCUGCUUACUCCAAAAUUAAGUUGCCCUUUAUUUUUAAUGACUUAAUGUGUUGUGAUGUCUUAAAUUCACCUUUCCCCUCCCACCCCUCCAUUCCUUUCAAGUAAAGAUUGUGUUUGAAAUUAAGAGUUUAUUCAAGAAGGAGUGGAAUUAAAGGCUGCACCAUAAGCUACACCCAAGCAAGGCUGUCAUGGCCACAGGAAAAGAGCCCCAGCUAGGGGACAAGGUUCUUUUGGAUUUAGGAGAUUUGGAAAAAGCUGAAGCCAGAUCUUUUGCUGUUCUAUUCCUCCAAAACCUGCGGAAGCCUUCAUGGGCUGACAUCAAUUUUUCUUCCUAAUAUUUUGUCAGCCUGUGUUCAGUUCCCCACCUGCACCUCAAUAAAGGCAACAGUAUAUAUAAAGCAUCGAGGUGAAGUAAAAUAUCAAGAACUCCUGAUAGAUGACAUGGAUUAAAAAUUGGUUUUCCAGAAAUGUCAGAGCGUAAAUUGAGGUUUUAUAAGCCGGAUGUCGUUUUGGCAUUUCUGUGAUGGAUGUAAUUGGAUCGCUCCUUCCCCGUGCGGAGGGAGGCGUCACGCGGAACCCCAGCCCGCAGCCUCGGGGCUCUCUCGUGUGCACCAACUCUGGAAAGGUGCAGGUGCCUGCUGGCUUCUCACGUGUGGGGAAUGUGGUGGUGUUCCUACCGGCCUGGCCUCCAGGGCCCUGGCCGCCCCCCCAGUAAAACCCUCAUUAACGACUUGCUAAUUCAUCUUCUUAAUUGCUAGGCUGCACAGAAACGCUUGGAGUGGCACAUGGAAAUUGCUAGCUCUGCACAGAGCCGAAACUUAAAAAGGCAUAUUCUGUCUUUUGGGGGGUUUAGAGUCAUCCGACACUCCAGUAUUAAACUGGGAGGGGUGACGGCUCCUGCCCUGGAGGUGUUGGUUGGACACGCAGACAAUCGGAUGGAUUUCUUGACCGCGGUGGGGGAAAUCCAUCCGGCAGGCGGGAGUUUGCAUCUGCUCUCGGUCCUGAUCGUUUGCCACGCAGAGAUUAAUUGGAGGCAAAGAUGGCCCUCGGUGGCGGCUGCUGGCAGCCGGAGAGAGCCGAGGCUUCGUGCCCAGCCCCACUGGCACAACAUCUGUGAAUUCAUGUGUGGGCACAAAUGAACGCAGAGGCGAGGGAGAGAGGAAUAUUAGAGAUAGAUAUGCACGGGCAUGUUGCAAAUACUCAUUUCCCCCCUGUUUCCAAUAGGUCCUUCCCUUGGAGACAUUAAACUGACUAUCUGUCUGUUCUGUUUCCCGUAUUGGAGAUGAUCAGCGUGCAAUAGGAGCGAGAUGGGUUUCACAAGCAAUAUCAACAUACUCUACUACUAACCUUAAAUCUUUACACUGCAAAGCGCCUGCAAUAGAAUCUGCAUUUCAAAACAGCAGAGAGUAUGUGGGAUAAAAGACACGGGUUAACCCCAGGCUCUUACAAGUAUUCCCAUCUGGUCCUUGUUGGGAGCACAUGUUGUUGGCACAAUGCAGAGGGAGAGGGGGAGUAAGAGCAGAGAUAAGCGCUUCCCACUGAGGCAGAGGAACGAAAAGGCAGGAGGGGGCGGAGGGAAGCGAGGACAGGAUGCGUGCUCCAGGGAAUCAUAGAGCACGGUGAUGGUUGUAUCCGUAGUAGGAGGGAUCGGCAGCACCUUCAGCACUGGAGUCCUACGGAGCUGGGGAAGGAGACACAGAGCCUGGAUCCUAAUGCUCUACUCCCCAGGGACCAGGGUGGUUCUCUUGGGCUGGUUCUCCUUCCUCUGUGGGAUCAAUAACACGCUCUGCAAGUGUCUAACCUUGCCAACAAACCCACCGGGGCCAAGCGUGUCUGAUGGGUGGAGUUACUGCUUUUACAGCUCGCUCUUGGAGGCUCACGUGGCUGGGCUCUUGCUGAGCUUGCCCAGGAAUACAGGCAGAAGCUCAAAGGAGCACUCAGUUGUUGGUGAGCUGUAAGGUUUGCUGGUGCCAUCCCAACUUAUGGAUGCUUGUGUGUGCUUUUCACUGGAGCCUUGCUCUGCACGCUACAUGGGCUGCCUCCCACUCCAGGAAGGAGUGAUGGAGUGUUGUGGGACAGCUGCUCUUUUCCAUUGGCAAGGAAAGGGGUUGGUGAAGGCUGGAGGGGAUCAGAGGGGAAAGAAAGUGGCUUUCAAGAAGCAAUCUCAUGCCUUUGCAAAGGGGUUUGUGUGGUUUCUAACAAGACUCUGUGGAUGAUCACCACUUGUACCGCCUUUGCUUUCCUGGGCCUGCCACUCUGAGGUCUGAGGUGCAGCUGGGGUCGGUGUCAACAGCUGUUGAAAGCUGUGCUUUGAACCAGUGAAGUGCUGGAGUAAUUGCCUGGACUCUGGGAAAGCUGUCAGUGUGUGGAGCUGGGCCUCCUGAUAAUGGAGAUGGGAUCGCUUUGGCUUUAUCCUGCCUGUGCCUCUGUUCUCCACCGCUAAAAGGGGGUGGAUGACACCUCCCUACCUCAAAGGAGUGCAAGAGUUCUUGUGAUGAUCUGAUGGUCGAUACUGAUGGUAUCCGAAAGUGAGACAGGGAGAAUUUGGGGUGAAAUGUAGUGUUUGGAAGGUUUGGAACCUACCUGACUCUAAACUUGAAUUUGCAAGUGCAAGGGUGCCUCUAAUGGUGCAUUUCAGGGCCGGGUACAGAGCAAAAAGCAUCCCUAUUUUUCCCAAGCUGAACAACCUAGAAAAAAUCUGUUCUUUCACAUCUCCCAUGCUGGAUACCCCCAGUUUCCCUCCCGAAACUAUUUCACCCUACUUCCUGUCAGAUACUUUUCCUGCUGUCCAGUCCAAGUGUCCCUUGCUUCCAUCUAAUUCUAUUGCUCUUUGCCUUACAGGCCAUGCUCUCCAGAGGAGUUAUAGAAACAGUUUGGUUUCUUCCCUGCUGCAGCUCUUACAUAUAAUUAAAGGCUGUUGUCAGGUCUCUUCUGCAUCCUUUCCAAAGGAGAUACAGAACCUUCCACCAGGGGUAAUUUUUAGCCCUGGUCAUGUUCUUGUUGCUUUCUGAUGAGUCUGUUCAAACACAAAUGUAAGGAAAGCACAAUAAAUUACAAUAUAAGCUCCCUGUGCCAGCAUGUUUGGAAAUACAGGUUUUCCCUUAUGUUCCUAAAUCUCACAGGACUGUGUGUGAAGAGUCACAGAAAUUCUGGCAUGAACUUUCCCUCAGUAACAUUUUUAGUGCAAGGAGAUCUGAGAGUUCUGUGUAGGUCCAAGGAGAGAGAAGCUCCUGCUGUCCCACAGUGUCACCAGUGUGCAUGAAUGUAUGAUGUAUAUUCAUCCCAGCAGCUGCCAGAAGGGCACAUGUGUCAGGCAGCUAUUCCUUGCCUCCUCUUCCUAGGGAAAAGGCUGGGUGUGCCAAUGCAGCCCUGGUGUUUUGAACAUAAAUCAAUUAUCCCUGCUGUUCCAUGUCCAAGGGGGAUCUGGAGCACGUUGUGUGCUGGCAGCAGCGGCCCCGCCGGCUUUGCAGCACGAGAGCAACCUCAGGGCUCCCAGGGAGUGAGCCCAGCCUGGCCUUGGCAGCGCUCCCUCCGCUUCCCUUGGCAACUGGUGCUGAGCAGGAGCUGCUUUGUCUCUGCCAGUCCCCCCUGGACCCGUGGCUGUUUUGCAAAUUGUCACUUCUGCUUUGGGCACGGAGGAGGCUGCUGUGCUGCUGCCUGGUUGGGAGGUACCUGAUGGAAAAGGAGAGUCUAUCUCUCUCUCUCUCUCCCCCAGGAAGCUGGCAGGGAGAAUCUGAGGCCAGAGACCUUAGGCUCUGGGAGAGAGGUGAUGGAGCAGUGCUCUGGAGUAAAUGCAGCUCAGUGUGCAGUCAACAGGUAGAUGUCUUUUCUGUUUGGGUUGUCUUCACUACAGCUGCUUGUUCUUCUAGACGUUGGAAUACUCCUGAGAUCUCUUUAGGGCUGCUUAGAAUGGGAAUCUGUGUGGGAACUGAGCUGCCUCCAAGGAGCAGCCUCUCUCUCCUGAGCCUCCAAUAAACAUGGCAAAGUGUUUGAAAAGUGGAGCAUUGUGCUGGUGGCGCUUUGAAAGGAGUUUUUCCCAGGUAGAUGUCCCAGCAGGGGUGAGCAGAGGCUACUGACAGCCAAGAACAGAGGGCAAGGGUUUGAUCUAGUUCUUGGCAGUAGGAUUAAUCCCAGAUUCAACAACUCAGUUAAUGUGCACAUCCCUGUAGUAAGUGAUGAAGUUUUAAAAUUUAAGCAUUUUUAAUAAUCUCCCCCAUCCUGGUAAAAUUAGAGAAAGAAUUUUUUGGCUGAAAUGUUUACCUAUAAGCUGAGAAUAGGCACUGUGUUUCACAAGGUGAACCAAACUUCUGUUCCUCUUACCUCAGAGCAUAUCCUUUAAGCUGACAUUAUAUUUCUUGCUCCAUCUGGUUGCAAAACAGCAAGGUCACUAAGGCAGCACAGGCAGAAAGCCCUGUAGGUGUUUAUAUGGCUGAGUGCAUAGAGACAUUCUCCUCUCACUUUGCUGGCAGGGCCUGAUCCUGCUUGUGUUGUUCCUUUUCCCUGCUGGAUCACCAAGUUCGUGUCUUGUGCAUGACCUGGCUUGAGGGCCCUAAACCUCUUUUUUUCUUACAAGUUCAGCAUCUUUUUCUUAAGCUUUCAUUACGAAUCCCUCUGGAAAUGUUGUGCAAAGCCCGAAUGUGCCUUGGUUCCCUCCCUCAUCAUGCAUUUGCUAGCUGCUGCAGCCAACGUAGGACACAAAGAUGUGGAGCUGGCUGUAUUUUUCCCAGACAGUCGUUUUGCUCCGUGUCUGUUUUGGUGUGUUUUGGCCUCAGCCAUUGCAGGGAUCCUGUUCCACAGUUCUCUUGUGCUUCUGCAGCUGUUGCAUGGCUGGUGGAGCUCUGGCAGAGGUUACCUCUAGGCUGGGGCAGAUUCUUGGGGUGAAGCUGCAGCAAAGCAGGAGUUAUUUACCCUGCAGCCAGCCAUUCCCUCAGGGAUGGCUCCCAUGUGGAGUAGGGCUGCAUGGAGCAGUUACCUGGGGCAGAUCUGGUGCUGUGCUGGUGGCAGACUCCGAGCAGCCGGCGCGCACCGUCUCGCUUGUAGGCAACGUCUGACAGCUUCCCCAGGGAUGAGCUUUGCUGCAUCUGCUGCAAGCACUGCUCUGAGCUCAGCCUCUUCCUUCCCACCACAGCUCAGUGGCAUGCCUGGAUCCUUUGUUAUGUGUAACCUCCAUUUGGUUUCUUUGAGCAGUGCCAGGAUUUCAUUCUCCCCGGGACAUUUAAAUGGGGUGCAGAGUAAUUAGAGUCGCUUUUCUCUGCAUGUGUAAUAGCAAAUGCUUCCAAAUCAGUUUGGGAAUCGACCCAGGGGUUUGAUGUGGGUUUGUAAAUUCAGGCACGUGGGAGGAGCGUGCCCACAGCAAAGCAUGAAGAUGUGGAGAUAAGAGCUGUGCCUCUGCCAAGCUCCUGUCUACUCUCUUACAGUCCUGUACUGACUCCAGUUGCUGCAGUGGGAGCCACCAGGGCCAGGGACCACCAGAGCCUGCCCAUGGGACCUGGGUCAAAGUGGCAGCAGACACCUGAGCUAGGCCAGGGACCGCCACCCACAGGUACCGUGUGUCCCAUUACAGCUCAGUGGGCAGGUGUCAACAGCUUUAUCCUGGAUACCACAGGAGCCCAGCUCUUUCAUCCUUCCUCUUCUGCCUCUGGGAUUUCACCUCCUGCCUGGCGCAUCCUCUCUGGAGAGCCUAGAGCAUGUCUGUCCUGGGAUCAGCGUGUGCCAGCAUGCAGUGUGCACGUAAUCCUGCUGCAUCCCGGCCCCCUCUCCAGAGCAGCAUUUACUGCUGAUGUCAGCACAGUCAUCCCUCAGCGCUGCCAGGGGUAACCCUUUGAGCUAACCACUGAUAAGUUCCUUCUAGCUGUCUUAUUUUAAAAAAAGAAAUAAAAAAAAGAGGAGGAAGGUGCUGCAGUCGCCUGAUGAACGUUUUCAUGGACGCUGCCAGCUUUUUACUGUGGGUUACCUUGGUGAAGGCAUAUUACAGAGACUUUUCUUUUCAAGAGAGCUUAAAACUGUCUGCUUGGCAGUGUGUGUUUUAUGCUGAUAUGUGUGAAACCCCGAGAAACCCCCCAAUUCAGAGCAGGAGGCAAGAGGUGGUGCCCACUUAACUCCUGCCUGCAGCAUCCAGCUGCACUUUAACCUGUUGCUUUUCACACCUCUUUCCUGCUCUUGGGAGGCACCUUCUAAAGGUGGGAUAACCUCCCUAGAGCUCUCUUCGCAGGGGCAAGUUCACCCUGCUCCUCCCCUGUGCAGCCCUCGAGCUGUUGCAAUAGCCCUUGAGGUGCUCUCUCUCCUUGUUCAAAACCCACGCCGGCCUCUUCCUCUCAGCGAGGCUGAAGAUGCUGUGCAAAACAAGCAAGAGGGCACAAUAUGGGGAUUUUUCACUUGCCUCAGCCUAAAAACCAGCCUCCAGGCUCUCAGUCUUCCAAGAGCUUCCCACCUUUUUAGCCAAGCAGUUUGUUUGCUAGAAGAAAAAUUGGUAGCUUUGUGCUAGCAAUAACCAGAGUCCUCUUUCACUAGCGCAGGCAUUUUCUCCUUUGAAUUCUGUCUGAAUGCAGAAACUAUUGUGAAAUGAGAGCAGUAAUAUCAGGAAAGGGGAAAGCAGAGUGUUCCUCUGGAUAGGGUUUGAUACAAUUUGAAGCUACUUGUGGAAGAUUGGCUGGAAGGUAAACUGAUUUGGGCUUAAAAAAGAUGGUGCUGGUAAAGUGUGUUAGUGACUCUUCAGCAGAUGGUCCAAAAUAGCUUUUUUAUGGUCUCUGACCUCUAGGAAAGAUAACUGGAUUUUUGAUCUUAGAUUGAAGGGGCAAUUUCUGCUGGAAGAAACUUGUGUUCUUUAGAAACCAUCCCAGGCUGGCAUUUACUGUCAAAAACAUUUCAUGGGAGUGGACAGAAAACAAGCGGAAAAUCACAGUCUGAGUCAGCCCCAGCCAACCCCACUGCAGGGCACUGUGGCUGAGCUAGCCACCCAUCCAGAAUUCAGCAUGGGUCCCCCAUGUCAUCCAUCCUCCUGGUGGUCCACGGCCACCAGAAUUUCCCACGGGCACCCACAGAGGUGUGAUUAGUCAGGAGCUCCUGGUUUUGCAGCAUCCUGGGCUGUAGAGGAGAUGUGGCCCCAAGGAGAAGCGUUCCACUCCGACAUUCCCGCGCUGUGUGGGAGCUGCGGUGCCCGUACCAGGUGGUGCUUGCUGAGGUGGGUAUUGAGUUAGAGGGGGGCCUUUCCAGAGCAGUGCUUGGUCACCAGCUGUUGUCCAGGACGCCGUGCCUUUUGGUACAGCAGUGACAAAAUAAACCUUUCUCUUUGAAUUUCAAGUCAGGGGCCUGUUUUCUGCCAAGCUACCCCCCACCGUUUCAAAUGUAUUUUAUUCUCCUUUUCUUUGCACUGGUCCCGUUCCGCUCCGCUCAACAGCUGCUGCAUUUAAUCCCAGAAGCUGCAGUUGGUAGGGAGCAAAGUGAUCUCCAUAUAACCUCUCUGUUACUCAUAAGCGUGCAUUAUGAAGCUUAACCGAUGGUAAUAAAAUGUUUUGCUUUCAACAUGCUGUCCCUGUGGUCCAGUGUUCCCGUCUUCAGGCUCCAUCACUGCGGCAGGGCGACGUACCGGGGCUGUUCUGCUGCUCCCCGGGAACGUGCCUGGCAAUAGUGGAUGCAGGCCUCGUGGAUACCCAGCGAGGAGGGAUGGAGAAGGUGGAGCAGAGCCCUUUCCAUGGGUGGUGGCACCAAGCAGCCCUUGGAGGAAGGUUGUGUCUUGGCAGUCCAGGCAAGAGGCGCUGGGGGUGCUGCUUGGCUGGGACCCAAGUGCAGGUUCCCGUCUCCUCAAGAUUGUCUGGCGCCGCAAUCUGCUGCGAGAGCCUCUUCGGGGAGCGCGGGGGGAGCGGGAACAGAUUGCAGUCCUGCUGCUUGGUUGGGUUUUCUUCAUCCCCUUCACAAGCACUCUGCAGGUUCAUGGCUUUAUUUGGCUUCUUGUGUUUCCUGCAUACUAAAAAAGGGCAUUUUCAUGCCAUCCUGCACGGUGGAUGUUUCUGUCCAGGGGGAAAAAGGAUGGUUCUCAUCCACGUUUAAGUAACCAUACAAAAUGUGGAAAGUCUGCUUUAGGAAUUUCGGUUUUGUUUACACACCAUUGAUGCUUUUAUUAAAAGCAUCUUUUCACGUAUAAAUAAUUUAGAGGUAUUAUGAUUUUCCUGCUCUAAACCAAAAGCAGGGAUUUCAAAGCAGGGAUCUCCAAGCAUCAUUCCUGUGUCACGGUGGGUUGCAUUAGCCCUACAGCUGCCUUUUGUUGAACAGGAUGGGGUUUUUCCAUAUUUGAGGUUUAUAGUGUUGGGUUUCAAAGAGGAAUUUCCCAGACAGAGCCCCCCAGAAGGUAUCAGAAUAUAUGGCUUUGUCAGGCAACGAUAACAGCUUUUUUCCUGGAGAUUGCCAUUUUGUAAAUAAGCUUCUUCCCCAGCAGCACGGCUACAGCUAGGAAAGAUGGAUGAUUAUUUCUUCCCAGAAUGGGUUUUCCGCUGCAGGAUCUGGUUUUUAUUGCGAUAAUUAGCAUAGAAUUAAAAAUGGCCCCGCAUCUUCAGUUUGCACUGUAGUGUCUCUGGUACCCAGCAGCCUGGGCUGGUGUUUUCCUAGGAAAUAGGCUGUGUCUGGGAAUCACUUGAUUCACCACUGAAAACCAGUGCAGGGAUAUCUGCAGCCUUCAAGGCAGCAAAAGCCUCCUCCUCCAAAAAGAAGUUAUUGCUCCUAAUAAACUUUCAAAUCAGUUGUUUUUUGGAGACUGGGAAAGCUUCUGAGGAUGUUUAGGUGAAAAUCUAGAGCAGCGGCCGGAGCAGGAUUUUAUAAAUGCCUUUCAAUUCCAGGGCUCGGGUUAAAGGUGAGGUCACGGGCAAGCAGACAGCUUUUUCUCCUAAAAAACCUGUAAUAGCUUUUGUUUUUAAAAAUUUAACAGGGUUGCCAUUCCAGGUGGAGGCAGAAUUAUAAGGAAUGUCACACAUGAUGACAAUGUAUCCGUAGGAGAAACUAAAGCGGCAGAAAUGCAGCACCACGCCUAAACUUCCUGGUGAGAGCCGUGCAGGAAAUUACUGAGCAAUUGGACACGGUGUCCUAGCAUUAGAUUUAUUAUCCACUUCCAAAUCAUCUGCCAAAAAUCCUUUCCAUCGGAAGACAGGAAAGAACAUGUUAUAAAAAGAGCUGGAAAAGGAGUCCUUUUGGCACGGGAGUUUUCAGGCUGGUAAUUGUCCAUGCCCCCAGUGUUUGGGUUUGGUCUCAACAUCGAGGUCAAUGCUACUUGAACCAAAUGUCAUCCCAGUGCCUACAUAUGGCACAUGGUGAGAUGUGCCAGUCUUGCAGGAUCAGUCCUGGAAUACAGUCCUGGAAGAUGCUUCUUUGCCCAGUCUCUUGCUCAAUGGUUGCUUUUAAUCCCACAAGGCUCCAGCAUCACUUAGGGAAGGCUGGCAUGCUUUUCCCUUUUCCCCCAUGAUGGACUUGUUCCUGUCUGGGUGGCACGGUCAUGGCCACAUCCACGUGCUUGUGUAGAUUCCCCUGGAUAUAUCAUCCCAGAAGGAUGGUGGACUGAGAUGGGGGUGUUUGCCCACCUUGCACCUUGUAGCCCUCCUCACUGUGGGACACUGCCCAUAUCACACUACACUUCUCCAGCUCCCACAUCUUUUCCUUUCUUUCCAGUUGUGUGCCUGCAUCCGUAUCCCCUGUAUGCACAACCUUGCUGUUUGUGUGUUAAAUCCAGCUCUUUCUGGCAGUAAUGGAAAUAAGUGACGUGAGUUGGUAGCUCUGUUUUUACUCCUGGGAUGUUAGUGUUCCCUGCUGCUGGAAAACCAUCUCCCAAGUGCUUGAUCUCUGAUGAGAAACAUGUCUGCAGCUGUACCUGCAGCAUCCCCCACAGAUCCUGCCAGCUCCAGCAAGUCAGUGCUUUUGAGUUAAAGAGAGCUUUCUCCCUGAAAAAGAUCCACACCCACCUUGGACACACCAGAUGUUGCACAGCCAGAUGUUGCCUUGUACAACACUCGGGAGAGUUGGUGGCAAUGCAUGCAGGGCCCGGGGAGCUGCUUUGCUGUCCUGUGGCCAUUUUUUUGGGGUGCUUGCUGAAACACAGAGGGAACUGAAGGUUCUGCUUUGUGUAAAGCUCGUGCUGGGUGAUGGGGCAGUUGGUGGGAAGUGUGUUUACCGAGAGAAAAGGCUAUGCCUGUCAUCUGUUGGGAUGAAUCCUCCUUUCCCAGCCUCUCCCCAGGAGCGUGCUGAUCCAAAGUCCUUCUCUGGAGCUUUGUUCCUGAUGAAAACGAAGCCGGGCCGUGAGUCACCUCAGCGUUUUCCAGACCGCCUUCAUCGUGUUUGUUGUCCUUUGGCAGGUAGGGUGGUGAAGAGAAACAAGCCAGCUUAAUGCAUGGUCAGGAAGCUGCAAUUAACGAAGCAGACCACAAGUAAAUAGGUAAAUAGGCUAAGCUGUAAGAUAGCGUGUAAGAGGAGGCAGUCUGCCUCUGCAAAGUGCAUGAUAAGCAUCGGCCAAGCUUGUUGCAGACACUGGGCAAGGCUGCUUUCGCUAGACUUUGAGUAUCCUAGUUGCAAAGGCUCGUCAGUGUUCCUAAAGGCUCUUGGUUUUGGAGUGGGCUCGUCCUUUGUUUUCUGUGCGCCGUGACCGCUUGCUUCCCGAGCGGGUUCGUAGUGAUGGAGUUCAUGGAGCUGUUCUUUAUAGUAGCCUAAAAGGUGUCAGUCGUUCGCUCGUGUGUGUUCACAAGCUGAGCCGUGGCGUGAUUUGAAGCACUUUUGGUGUGGCAUGUGCAGUUGCAGUGCUGUCUGUUUUUGAUUUCCCCCCGGGGUAGCCCCCCCGCCUUCCCCGUGUUUCGGACACUGAACCAAACCGACGCUGGGACUAGCACUUUAAGUACUAGCAGUCACUUUGCUUCGGAUUAAACUGAGCACUGCACUUUUGUACCUACUGUUAGCACUGAGUUUUGAACUCUCUUCUUUUCCCCAGCUAUUUCCCCUCCUAGGCGCAGUGUUAAUUACGUAGGGGCCAUCAGAAGAAAAUUUUGAGGUGUGUUGGACCACUGUCCAGUGCCUGAUUUCCGUUACAUAUCCAUUAGCCACCUGAGAGUAGGGAAUUUACCCAUCCAAGCUUGAUUUACACGACAGCACCAACACCUACAUCACUGACGUGCAGGCAGACGUGGUGGUUGUUGUAAACUUCGAGGUCACCCGGAGACCCGAGGGCAUGGCUUUUAAAAACACCAAAGAUGCAGGAGAAGUCUCAAAAGGGAUUGGGAUGGUGCAAGAUCAUCUCCUUGCCGCCUGGAACUGAGCGGAGCAGGAGUCGCAGGGCAGGCGCUCCUGUGUCUGGUGUGGGACAGCCCAGCCCAAACCAGUCUGAGAGCCCAGUGCCAGUAAAGGCUGCGCUCAAGCCACUGCAAUAAAAGCCAUCCUUGUGCCUGCGCUGGAAGUGCUGUUGGGAUUGGUGGUGGGCUUCAACUGCAAAAGGCAUUUUGAAGUAAAAAAGAUUUACAGACCGUUUGGAAGAUGGAGCACAAUAACCCUGGGGUUUGCUGUUGGAUUUGGAAAGCGUUGUUAGGAGUUGAUCAGCUCUCGUGUUCAGAGGCAGUUCAGAUGUGCUGUUCCUGUUAAAUUCCUGUGGUAUUCCGAUCAGAGCUCCCUUGCCAGCAAGAAAGCAGCAGGGAAGAGUUAGUAGGAAACAUAGUCAGAAAUCUCUAGGAUUCAAAAUGGUGAUCCCUGGGAUGCUGAAUAAUCUGGAUUUUGCUGCCCCAAACCACCCCCUCCCAACCACCUGGUGGGGUUUUGCUCCUUUAAAAGCCCCUGUGGUUUUCCACGGCAGCAAUUAAAUCGUGGUGGGUGUGAGAGCCCCGUGUUCCCUUCAUGCCAGGGUAUCCACACUCGGGACUGCUGCUCAUCAGCCUUGACGAGCCCACAGUCAAUCCAAAUCCUUCUCUGGCAAUCCUCCGUGAUGGGAGUUUCUCCCUGGUGACACUUGAUGGAUAAACCCUGCCAGUACAGCGUGAUCAGUGGGAAUGCAGAGAAGGGAAUUAGGGCUUCUCCUUCACUGCUGCUAGCAAGGGGCCAGCACGGAAAUAACCUUCAGCAGCAAAAAGAAAUAGGUGUGUUGGGUUUCCCUGUUGCAGAAGAUGGAGGAGUUUUCCUAAACAGCUCCAGGUUUAGUGGCUGGUUUUCUUGGCUUCCUUCUUCAGGGGCUUGGCUAUUCAGUGGGAACCCAAGGUGUUAAAAACCCCAAAUCUUGAGCAACCCCAAGUAUUAUGCUCUUACAUCCUCUGUCACUGGAUGUAAAAACAGAAAUAGAAUCCACAUUUUGGGUUGGGUUGGUUUUUUUUCUUCCUCCCCACCCCCAACCAAAUUAUCCCUGCAAAUUUAGCUUUAAAGAAAUAGCACCAGGCGAUGCUGCUGCUCUGUCUGAGCCCCCAAAAUUAUAGUGGCUGAGGGAACAGCCUCUUCAGAAAGUACCUCGGUGACACAGAGCCCACAUCCCGCUCACUGUCACCAGGAUAAAGGCAAACCAUUUGGAAAAUCCCUCCCCACCCCAGGCAAGCCCUCCAGUCUCAGUGAGUCCUUGGAAAUAAGCUUGGGAGAAAGGGGGAUGUGGAACAGGUACUUUUGUCUUAUUUUCCCCCUCAGGUGUAGUAUUUUGUCCCUUGGAGAUGGCAUCUCAUCCUUUGGGAAGGUAGAAUUAAGUGUUUUCUGCUGCCCGUCACACUUGAGGCCUGAAUGCCUAGCACAGCACCCUUUGCUCUGGAAGGGCCUUUUAGGUGGAAAAAAAGGAAUUUUAGUUGUUUAGGUUUUCAGAUAGCUCGUGGGAAGCGCAUUGUAACAGCACACAGGCGAUGCUUUACCAACCUUUUCUGUUCCUCCAAGAGAGACUUUUUAAUUUGCUUCAGUAGUUUAGAAUUUAUUUCCUUGAAAGUCUUUUUGGACCCAUGAAAAUGCCCUUGAAAUGAGUCGAGUUUAUCAAAACAAAGUUGUGCACACACCCAUGCACCGGCCCGUGUGUUCGUGCUUGUCUCCCUGGGUGUGUAUACACAUGGAGAAAUAGAUUAUUUCCCAAAACAUUCCUUUUCUUAACUUUUUCUUUUUUUUUUUUUUGGGUUGGUUUGGUUUUUUUUGGGUUUGUUUUCCCCCACCCCCAGGAUAUUAACCAAAAGGUGUUUUAAAGUCAUGGCAUGAAAACUCCUAAAUGUAAAUCUGAGUACCUUGUGAUGCUAAUUAACAGGUUUUCUCCUGAAACUUUAUGUGAUGCUUAAUAUUUUCCUUAGGAAGUUUUGUUUAAUGUUAGAUCAUUGUUCUGGAGGAUGUUGGUCCUACUGGCAUUAAACUAAUGGAAAUAAAUGCAUGUGUUACAAGUGUAGAAACGGUGAAGAAUUAAGUGUGAACUUACUGUACGAUACUGAUUCUGUUUUCAAACAAUCUGUUUUGCUGUUCAAUAGUUGACAUAUGGAAAUGCCAAUGUACUGUAAUUUAGCACUUUUCCAAUGGACCCUGUUCUCACUACGCCUGAGGGAAGAAGCAGGUUUGGCUCGAGGCUGACUGAAGGCAGCCCCUGAACCCUUUUCUGCCUGUUUUGGCACCAGAAGUGGCCAGGUGGAGUGUGAAUUGGAGGUUUUCUCAUGGCUUCGGUGGCUGGCACAGGGCAGGGCGGGCUGGCUCUUCCAUCCCCGUGGCCAAACCAGGACCAUUGUGCAGCUUGGUCUGGUGAAAGGGAGGCUGGAGUUAGAUGAUCUUUGAGGUGCCCUCCAUUGUGGGAUUCUAGGAUUCCCUGAUUUGGGCGGAUGGGCUGGUGGCACUGCGCUCCUCCAGCGCAUCCCCCCGGGAGCCAGGCUCAGGCUGGGCUCAGGCUGUCCAAGCUGGGUGGGAGAGAGGCCGAAGCAAUCCACAGUCCCUGAAAUCCAAGGGCAGAAGGGACAGCUCAGCAGCCACCCCUCUGCAGCCCAAACCCUCCUUUCCUAGUGCUAACAGGGUGCAAAGUGUUACUUGUCAUGUACUGUACUGAAAGGGUUAAUUGAUCAGUGACUGUAUUGUACUGUAUGAAAACUCAUGAAUUGCCUUGUAUUGUUUCUAAUGGACUGUUCCAUGUGUCCCCACUGCCCGUUGUUCCCAAAGGACACAUGUGCUCAGUUGGGUCCCCCAAACUCUCUGGUGCUAACUCCUCCCUGUCCGAUGGUGCUCCUGCGGACACCAACUGACCACAUGCCCGUCCCCACAGCUUGAAGUCCACCACGUCUUUCUCGUCUGUUUGUAUCACCCACACACACACACACACAAACAUGAGAAAAAUUAAGGAUAAACUUGAAUUUGUUUCAAAGCCUCAUUGACAAUCUAAUGUUUUCUAUGUCUGCUUUUAUUUUGGGAUGGUUUUUCUAGAAAGCAGCCCGCCAGCACCUUCGCCCCGGAGGGGAUUUUGUCCUGUUCACGCCUCUGGCAUCUGAGGUGAGCUGCUCCCUCGCUGGCUUUUCAGGCUCAGCCACUGGAGGCUGAUCCAUCAGGAGCCAGUGAGGAAGAGGAGGUGUAGGUGCCUUCAAAGAUGCCCAACCCUAAAAAGCAGCUGGGUUCCUCAUGCCUGCACGGUCCAAACAUAGGUGGGUGGGCACCGAGGGUCUUGGAGGGGAUGAACCCGCUCCUUGCUUUGUGGCAAAAAUUGGCUUUUGAGGAGAAUGGAGGUGGAAAUUGAGAGUCCCAAAGGCACCUCCGUCUCCUCCCAGCAUCGCUCAUCUCCGCUGGCAGAGGAGCCACCUCCCGAGCCUGAGGGUUUCCAGGUGACACCCACCUCGGGUGGCGUGAACAGGGCCACCCCCUCCAAACCCCCAACUCCCCCCCGCCCCCAUGCGAGCUGCUUUUUGGACAAAAUGAAAUCUGACUAUAUUUUAUAUCGAUUUGAAAACAAAGUCUGAUAUUUACCCCUGUUCUCAACUGAAUUUGCAUAUUGUUGUUUGCCACGAUAUUUGUUCUGUCUUCAAAUAAAUUUGCUUACUUGUGUAGUCUUAA